AUGGCAGGGAAGAAGCGUAAGGCGCCAACAGACUUUAAAAAAACAAGGCAAAAGCUGGGCAAAGGCAAGCAGCUCGCUUCCAAUGCGACAAAUACGACAUUCAAGGCAAAAUCUAUCGCACUGCCGCAGCAGUCCGUCACGCUAGACCGCUCAGGCUCGAUCCGUACGCGGCGGAAUCACACUCUGCAGGAUCUUGUGCAAAACACGCGACAUCAUGCACAUGGCGCGCGCAAAGAUGCAGUGCAUGGCCUUAUUGAGCUUGCUACAACGUACCCCGGAUUCUUGGAACAGGAGGCGCCGAGCAUGCUCCACCCCGUGUUUCCUUUGGUCGGCGACGACAACCCCGCAGUGCGUGCGGCGGUCGCACAGUACCUGAAAUGCGCGCUCGCCAUGUUGACCGCAGCCCAGUUUGCGCCGUUCCUCUCGACGGCACUGCUCUUUAUCACCUCCGCACUCUCGCACAUUCGCAUGGCGGUACGCUUCGACGCUCUGCGCGUGCUCAAUUUGGUGCUCGAGCAUGCCGGCGUCCAAGUCACAACCGGAUGGCAGCGCGCGCUGGAUUCCGGUGUAGGAGAGGCGCAUGGGCAGCGUAUUUUGCAGGCGUUCUUUGCCAUGCUCGGUGUCGCGGGCGACGCUGCGCGCCGAAAGGUGCAGGGCGCGCCGAGCGCGACGCCAGGAUCGACGUCGUCGAUUGACUUGCAGCCGGGCGACCGUCUGCAUGUCUUGCGCAGCCUUGCUCGUUUUUUGCACUGCGCAACAGAGAGGGCGCAGUGCGGUGCGCAAAUCCCUUUGUGGCCGUUCCAAUCCGCGCUGGGCAGUGCGAGCGAGUUGGAGGAUUUUGCACAUCUGUUUGACCAUGCACGUGGAAUCGAUGUGCUCCAGCCGUUCCUCGAGCGCAGUUUGCUGGGAUAUGCGGCGUUCCAAGCACCCAUGGGAAUGGCUGACGCGAUACUGCAAGGCGCGCGUGCGACACAGGGCCAAGCGCCCGUGUCUGCACACGAGCAACUCGCACACCUUCUGCAUGCGUCGCUCCUUGCAACGCUGCUCGAUGCAUUGCCCGCUGCACUCGCGCCAGAGGGCGUCGUGCACGACGUCCACUUGGAGCUUGUUGUUGAGAUCCUGUCUAUCUUUGCGGUGCUGUGGCGUGAGAUUGUAACAGACUACCUUGCCGCACAAGGGACGCCAGCGCCGCUUGCGAUUCUUGCGCAGCUGCAUCGCUUCCUUUCGCACCUCGCGCCGCAUUUUCCCAUCCAGCCGGAUUCCGCGCGCAAGGAGGGUGCAAACACGCUGCUGCACCUGAAUGCUGUCUACUGCGAACUGGUUGCAUUGUACAUGAUUGCACAGGCGCAAGCACCGCAGAAGAAAAGCGCACCUGUGCAGCAUAUAGACCGCACGAUCUCCUAUCUUGCGGCGCAGCUCGCGCAUGACGACAGCGCACUUUCGCCGGAGCAGUACCAGUCGCUCAUCCCUACCUUUUGGCUCCUGCUCACUGGGCCAGAAUAUGCAGAGCAGCGCGCGCUGAUGGAGUCGCUCUUGCGGCACGCCAUGAAACUGCCGACCACAUCGCCGGUCAAGCCGCUUGCUUUUGAGUUUCUCGCACGGCUCGCCACGCUGCAUACAUACACGUCGUUGCGCGUGCCCAUGGAUGCGGUGCACGGCGCACAGAGUGUCUGGCACGAUUGGCUCCUCUCCCUUCCACGCACCCUGUGGGAGGCUGCGACGCAAGCAGCAAGCAAGAAAUCCGCCGACACAAGGCUGGAGCGAAUGGAGCUGGCCGUGCUAAUUUUGCAAUUCCUGCGGCGCUGUCUCGUCCAGGAGGAUGGGGUUGUGUUCACUACAGAGACGCUUGCCGCACUCGCAAAGCCGCUCACGCCAUUUUUUGCGAUGCAGCAUCCCUCGCGGGGAACAAUUCCAGGGCCCGUAGCGAGGCUGCCGGAGCAUGCGCGGCAGAUUGCACGCGCAGUAGCGCUGCAUGCAGGGAUGGAGGACGUGUAG